GGAGCAAGCAGUAGCGGGCGACAGAGCUGGAAUAAAGGGAGCUAGUGGUAAAGGUUGCUGAUGGAGGGGUGGCGAAAGGGGUAGAGGGCAGGGGGCGGCCCCUACACUGAAGGCUGCUCGGAGGUCCCGGCUGGCCCUUCGGAGGUCUGCUCUUGUGUUGGUCCCACAAUUCCCUGGCUACGCGUGACUAGGGUUUAUUAGACAGAGUUGUGGUGUUCAGAGGGUCAGCAAUCAUUGCUUCGGUUCGAGUUUCAGACUUGCCUCCAGUAUUGGGACCCAGGGGGAGGUAGAUUCCGUGUUUGAGAUGCCAAGGGAAUCUGUCUUUUGAUUCAGGGUUCAUCACUUAAAGGUUAGUUUUAGGAUUCAAAUUCAGCAUAUAGGGGGUUUUUGCUUGGACUUGGGAUUCACCAGAUACGUUAUAUUUAGGAUUCCUUCUUAGGAUUGCAGUUAAGUAUGUGGGGCUCACUCAGGAUUUGAGAUUCAGUAUUCAGGGUUCACUGUUGGGAGCUGGGGCUUAACAUCUGUAGCAUAAGAAUGGAACAGUUGGGAAUCAGCGGGUUUGGGGUCUAAGGUCUACUGCUGAGUUUCUGAGUUUGCUGAAUGUGUUUAUGGCCAGAAGGAAGUCUGAUGGAUCAAAUUAUGGGGUGUGGAUUUCAGGACUUAUCAGAAAUCACUGUGGGAUUUUAAGGCUGGUUGGAAUCUGGGUUGGGGUUUCAGAUGUAUGGGAUUUGUGAGAUGUGUCCAAGGAGGGACUCUAUUGAAUUUCGGAUUUACAUCCUGUGAGAGGGCUAAGUGUUGCUAUUCGGGGUUUGGGGUUUGCUUGGGAUAUGAGUGGGGUUCUUGGGCUGGGGUGUGAGAUCUAAGCCGGAUUUCUCUGUUGGGAUUUGAAGUUUAGGUAGCAGUUGCCAUCAUGCUCAAAGCUGUGAUCCUGAUUGGAGGCCCUCAAAAGGGGACCCGCUUUAGGCCUUUGUCUUUUGAGGUGCCCAAACCCCUGUUUCCAGUAGCGGGGGUCCCUAUGAUCCAGCAUCACAUUGAGGCCUGUGCCCAGGUCCCUGGGAUGCAGGAGAUUCUGCUCAUUGGCUUCUACCAGCCUGACGAGGCCCUUACCCGAUUUCUAGAGGCUGCCCAGCAGGAGUUUAACCUCCCCAUCAGGUACCUGCAGGAAUUUGUGCCCCUGGGCACAGGAGGUGGUCUCUACCAUUUCCGGGACCAGAUCCUGGCCGGGGGCCCCGAGGCCUUCUUUGUGCUCAACGCUGAUGUCUGCUCCGACUUCCCCUUGACUGCUAUGUUGGAUUCCUAUAGACACCAGCCUCACCCUUUCUUGCUCCUUGGCACCACGGCUAACAGGACACAGUCCCUCAACUACGGCUGUAUUGUAGAGAAUCCACAGACACAUGAGGUCCUGCACUAUGUGGAGAAACCCAGCACCUUUGUUAGUGACAUCAUCAACUGUGGCAUCUACCUCUUCUCCCCGGAAGCCCUGAAGCCCCUUCGGGAUGUCUUCCAGCGUAACCAGCAGGAUGGGCAACUGGAGGACUCCUCAGGCCUGUGGCCAGGGGCAGGCACCAUCCGCCUAGAGCAGGACGUGUUCUCCGCCCUGGCUGGGCAGGGCCAGAUCUAUGUGCACCUCACUGAUGGUAUCUGGAGUCAGAUCAAGUCCGCAGGCUCAGCCCUCUAUGCCUCCCGCCUCUACCUGGGUCAGUACCAGCUCACUCACCCAGAACGCCUGGCCAAGCACACUCCUGGGGGUCCACGAAUCCGAGGAAACGUUUACAUCCACCCCACAGCUAAGGUGGCCCCAUCAGCCGUGCUGGGCCCCAAUGUCUCCAUCGGGGAGGGGGUAACCGUGGGCGAGGGUGUGCGGCUCCGCGAGAGCAUUGUUCUCCAUGGGGCCACACUGCAGGAGCACACGUGUGUCCUGCACACCAUUGUGGGCUGGGGGAGCACUGUGGGGCGCUGGGCCCGUGUGGAGGGUACUCCCAAUGACCCCAAUCCCAACGACCCCCGAGCGCACAUGGACAGUGAGAGCCUCUUCAAGGACGGGAAGCUGCUGCCUGCCAUCACCAUCCUAGGCUGCCGCGUCCGGAUCCCUGCUGAGGUGCUCAUCCUGAACUCGAUUGUUCUGCCACACAAGGAGCUGAGCCGCAGCUUCACCAACCAGAUCAUCCUCUGAGGGGGACUCCCAGAAGGCACACCCCCCCCCCAACUCCCAACUCCUACCUGCUCCCCUUGAGGCUCCUUCCUGCAGGGCCGGCCUCUGUCCAAAAGGACCAGAGGAAGGCAGGCAGGAUCUUCACGUGCCAGGCGCAACGUGGGUGGCUGGGGGACUCCUGGCCUCCCUCUUCAGUCCCUAAUAAACCCGGGUGGACCUUGGAGCCAG